AUGGAUACGCGAGUGGCAUCACUGGAGAGGGAUAUUCAGUUCUUGCAGCGGCAGCACAAAGAUACGUUGGAAAAACUCCACCGUGAAUUAGACGAGCUGAAACGGGAAAAUAAAGAGCUCCACUAUAAGAUGAUCAUGGAUCCACCACAAACUCACAGAAAAGGGAGUGGUUCCUGCAGAAGAUGUAACCGACCCCUCCCCCAGACAGAGACGCAGGCCCAGAGGGGGGGCCACCCAGAGAGGGCUCGGAGCGCCAGCCCCCUGUCGCAGGGAACUCCCCUGAGCUGUGGCACGGAGCACAGCGAGGCCCCUCCUAAACACUACACAGACAUGGCCCCGCCCAGACCAGCGCCCCCACCCCCAGCGGACAUGGAGCCGAGGGGGGGUCUCAUCACCUCCCUGCAGCCCCUGCGCAUCCACAGCGGCCCCUCGCGACCCCCCCGAGCCCCCACCCUGCAGGAGUGUGAGGUUAUUAUCCGUCAGCUCUACAACGCCAACAGCCUACAGUCCCAGGAGAUCCAGCGCGUGAAGGCCGUCCUGAGGGACAUCGUGUUCAGCAAGAAGAUCACCCCAGAGACGUACAUCAUGACCAAGGCCUACCUGGCCGACGGAACCAGAACCGAAGAAGCAGAGAGGUUCCCCAAACUCCCGCUCAAACCGUUGCAGCAGAGACUGGUGGGGUCCCAGGUGGGCGUGGCGGAGAGGGUGGUCCUGCCGGCCCUGAAGCAGAGCGUGGGCAGCAGCGUGGCGGAGCGGCAGCGGAGGACACAGGCCGUGCAGAGAGGCCGUCUGAGGAGGACGGUGCACUAAGAGGGACAAACUGCGCAGCCAGAGACUCAAA